GGGAGGCGGCGGCGGCGGCCCCGGGAGCUGCCGAUCGGCGCCGGGACAAAGGCGCGGCCGCCCGGCGCCCCGAGCCGCCCGAGCCGGGGCGCACAGCCGGGGCGCAGCGCGCGCCCCCCGCCGCGACUGACAUGAUGUUUCCACAAAGCAGGCAUUCGGGCUCGUCGCACCUACCCCAGCAACUCAAAUUCACCACCUCGGACUCCUGUGACCGCAUCAAAGACGAGUUUCAGCUGCUACAGGCCCAGUACCACAGCCUGAAGCUCGAAUGUGACAAGCUGGCCAGUGAGAAGUCAGAGAUGCAGCGUCACUACGUGAUGUACUACGAGAUGUCCUACGGCUUGAACAUCGAGAUGCACAAACAGGCCGAGAUCGUCAAGAGGCUGAAUGGGAUCUGUGCCCAGGUCUUGCCUUACCUUUCCCAAGAGCACCAGCAGCAGGUCUUGGGAGCCAUCGAGAGAGCUAAGCAGGUGACUGCUCCUGAGCUGAACUCCAUCAUCCGACAGCAGCUUCAAGCCCAUCAGCUGUCCCAGCUGCAGGCCCUGGCUCUGCCCCUGACCCCGCUGCCCGUGGGGCUGCAGCCACCCUCGCUGCCAGCCGUCAACACAAGCACCGGCCUCCUGUCCCUGUCUGCUCUGGGGUCCCAGGCCCACCUCUCCAAGGAAGACAAGAACGGGCACGAUGGUGACGCCCACCAGGAGGAUGAUGGGGAGAAGUCGGAUUAGUGGGUGGCCAGGAAGUGGGGGGACAAGGGGGGGGAGACAGACAGAUCCACAGAGAGAGGGAAAGCUCAGCCCAUGAAAGUCAAGCUGGGGAUUGGCUACUUCCCGUAGUAUUUAUGGCAGCCGCCGGCUGGACCCCUGGCCCUGCUCGUGCACCACCCCCGAGCUUUGCCCCUGCCUCCCCCCUGCUACUGUCCCCCCAAUUCCCAGCCUCCCUCCUCCUCCUCCCCUACAGCCUGCCCCACCUGCUUACUCCACAGGUGAGGCAAACAGGAGGCCAGGCCGGAAGGGAGCAAAACUUCAAGAAGCCCCGACACCCCCCUGCACCCCCCGUUUCACACACACGAGUCCCUGACAGUCUGCCCGCCGGGCCCCCCUCCCUGGCACCGCAUGCAAACAACGCUAGCUGCCCCCCUUCCCGGCCCUGGGCACCCACCUCCGCCCCCUGCCCCAUCUGCCCACUCAUCACUUCUGCAAGUUCCAGACGCUCUCCACCCACCCGGUCCUCUCCCCCCACCCACCAGAGGGGGACACAGGGAAGCAAGCUUAGCUGGGACAGGCGGGGUGGGGGUGGGCGGCCCAGGGUCUCCACCCCCCCUCUCCCCCUUCCCAAAUAAAGAUGAGGGUACUAAAGUUGCGUUGGUUUGGAUUAAUUUUUUUUUUCUCUUUCCAGUAUACUAGCUUGUCAUUUAAGAGAGGGGAUAUUAAAAAAAAGAAAGAAAAAGGUUUAAAAAAAAAAAAAUUCAACACCCCCACCUGUGUCUGUAUUUAGCUUUUUAGACUGUCAGCUCUUUUUGUGUUCAGUUGUUUGAUCUCCGCGGAGAGAAGUGAAAAUGCUGUAUUGAGGGUGGGCUUAGCUGUGCCUUUCAAAUAAAGAUGUGAGAAGGUU